AUGGUUUCUGAGCUUUUGAAGCGUAAGAUUAUUUGUGAUAGAAAGGAUGAGAUUUGGAUCAAUUAUCGUGGCAUGCCGCCGGCCCCGGACACCCAAGGCGCCAAGAAAGCAAAGGGUUCCAAAGCUAAGAAUGAUGUCUCUUUGGUAAACUUAGUGGGAAAGAGCUACACUCAAAAGAAAUUGUUGCAAGAUUUGGAGUCCAAAACAUUCUCAAAAAAGCACAAGGAGGCACUGUGCUUAGUUUGGUUUGUGCACAGUGUUCUUUGGGCAAGAGACGUAAACUACAACAUACCGCUUGGAUUGAUUAAACUUGCUGAGGACUAUGAUGCCUUCAACAACUAUGCCUGGGGUUUUCAAAGCUUUAGCUUGACUGUUGAAUAUUUGAUGAAGCAUUUGAAGCCAACGGGGAAGACACAAAACCUAUAUGGCUUCCCUUGGGCUUUCAUGGCUUGGGCAUUUGAAGCCAUUCCUCACCUCAGGCAUCAAGUCAAGGAAUACUCCGAAGAAGUUACCUAUCCAAGAAUUCUUAGAUGGCUCACUGCCAGGAACAACACAAAAUUGAGUGUUGACCUUUUCAACCCCCCUAAGGAAGCUAGAAGCAUUAGAACACAACAGAUGACUAGGUGUUGCAAAUUUUUAUAA